AUGGAUUCUACAACCAACGCCGAUACAAUUCUCGCGAUUCUCAAAGAACGGGAUACUCUGGUCAAACGUGAUGUGAUAGAAUCUGCCUUGGGGGAUUCAACAGUAGGUCCCAAGAAUGCGGAAUGGGCGGCCAAGCAUUUGCGAUCAGAAACUCUACUAUCGAAGGAGGAGCUUUCACUGUACGAGCGGUAUACUAAACUAGAAAACUCCGGUGCCCUCCAGCCUAUCCUUCGUGAACCCAGUCUCGGUGCGACGCGACCCUUUCUUGAGACCGACAUACAAAGCGCAAUCGACUCCCUCGAGGCAUCAACGGUUACCAUUAAACAGCAGUCACAUGUGCUAUCAUUGCAAUGUGAGGCGGUCAAAAAAAAGUUGCGGCGGGAAGGCUCUCUAGAUCAAGAUAGGAGUCGGGAUAUUGCGCGUUUGCGAAAAAAGCAUGAGUCUGGAAAGCAAAACGCGACAGUCUUGGCAAAUGAACUCGCCGACAACCUCGAGGAUAGUUUCAGAAGCGAGAUGGAUAAUGUGGGAAUAGAGAGCAAACGGAUCUUGACGUCGUUGUCCGCUCGCUUGAAGCAUGAUGAUAAGGCUUUAGCAACGAUGGAGAGCUUGAUGGCCGAAACAAAGUCAAAUGGCAAUGACGCAUCUACUUUGAAGCGAGCUGCAUACCUAAGUGGAAUGCUUGCAGACUAUAGUGCCGAGGAAAUUCAUUAUCGCCUGGACCGACUAUACCUCGAAGCAAUUCAAGCCAAAGGCUUGGAUCGCAGCCCAGCGGCGGAAAUCGAGACAGUUACUGCACUAGUGGAAGAACUGGAGUCCCUCUAUCCCGAGAUCGAGAUCCUGGCCGAAAUGUCCACCAGGCAACAAUUCCAUGAGCCCAUUCUACGUGAAAUCCAUCAUGAGCACAGCCAGCUUCGGGCAGCGUCACAGACGAGGCUGGAGCAAAUUCUUGACGUCUUAAUUGACAUGACUGUAUCCAAGGAAGCGUUGACAACUCAGCUUGCGGGUCGUGAAUCAUCGUGCGAGUUACUGGAGCAAAUCGCAACCCUCCAUCAAACCGAGACCGCAAGCCACCUGGUAGCUCAGCCCUCGUCUCGUCGGGAGUCUUUGAGACGACGAUCCCUGCUGCCUGGUUCGAAUACCGGUUCGAAUAUAGGCAACACGCGGACCCCUGCUUCAUUGCCCGAGCAGCCUUCGCUGGAGAACCUCUUGCGUCGUAUCGGAGUGUCCCCAGAUUCUGUGCUCAAACCGCGCGUAGAAGACGGUGGUGCACCGGGGCUCUUUGACAAGCGCAUUCAAAUGUUGGAGACACUGCGGCAUCUCGAAAACAGCGGAGAAAUAUCCUUAGUGACCCAUUUAAUGCAAUCGGAUCAUGCCUCGCAGUUACUGACAUCAUCGUUGCGCAGCAAUUCCCGAUUUGAAACGACUUUGCAAGAUCCUCGGUUAGAAGAGGCAUUGUUGGGCCUGGAGGCAGAGCUCGCCUCGCUUAAGAAGGGGGUGCAAGGGUUGGAUAUUAAUUUGCUCCAUCAACGUGAUAAGUCCCAAGUGAAAUUCUUAGAACGAUGGCAUUAA